UCAUUUCACAGCGCUCUCCCUGCAUCCUGCUCCUGGACGCUCACCGUGCACCACACACCCGCAGUAACCAGAGGCCAGCACCAUGACGAAGGACCAGAAUGGAACCUGGGAGAUGGAGAGCAAUGACAACUUUGAAGGCUACAUGAAGGCACUGGACAUCGACUUCGCCACCCGCAAGAUCGCAGUGCGCCUGACCCAGACCAAGAUCAUCCAGCAGGACGGCGACAACUUCAAGACGAAAACCAACAGCACGUUCCGCAACUACGACCUGGACUUCACCGUGGGCGUGGAGUUUGAGGAGCACACCAAGGGCCUGGACAACCGGGUCGUUAAGUCGCUGAUCACCUGGGAAGGCAACGUCCUCGUGUGCGUGCAGAAGGGGGAGAAGGAGAACCGCGGCUGGAAGCAGUGGGUGGAAGGGGACAAGCUGAUCCUGGAGCUGACGUGCUGUGACCAGGUGUGCCGUCAGGUGUUCAAAAAGAAGUGAUGGCCCUGAGCGGGCAGCUCCAUACUCCCAGCGAAGGGUGGUUCCAGAAGCGGCUUUGCUACGAAGCGGUGGGGGACCCCUCCCCUCCACUCCCGACAGAGCCUGUGAAGACAUCUGGGUGGGUUCUAAGCGUAACAAAUGUGUGCCGGUGACAAACAUACUCUUUCUUCGUUGAAACCUGGCAUUAAAUGAAAAAACAAAAGUCA